CGCAGUCGUUUUGCAUACGUGAAGCUUCCCAUAAUCCUUGUCGAUUCUUUGGAAAACAAUGAGCGAAUAGUGACAGCCGGGAAAUUUCAACUCGCAGUUUAUGCCAUUCUAGACCGAGCCAACCCAGCACUCUUGAAUAUAUAUAGCGUCAGCCUUUCUUGCGUUUCUAACUGCUCACCCACGUAACAAAAAGACCAAGCCAGAGUUUACCUUCUUAUGAUCGUACAGUUAUCAAAAGCACAAUUAAAGAAAUGGCCAGUUUGCCUCCACCGAUGGCUCCAAGUACAGUGCCACCUCCGCCAGCAGCAGCUGCAGGAGGAGGACCAGCAAGCAUAUCGAGUCUAUCAGAGAACGAGAAGCGAUGGAUGGUAGUCGGGUUUUGCUUGCAUAAAGUUUUAAGUCCAGCUUUACGCAAAUACAUCGCCCUUAAAAUACAGGAUCAUUAUGCUCUCCACAAGACAUCGUACAACAUUCAUUCGCAAGCACAUCCUGGCUUCCUCAAGAAAGACAAUAACGUUGGAUUUCAGUUCAACUACGAAAGUGUCAACAACAACAGGUCAAAGAAGGCAUACGAUUAUAAAGUCGUAUCAGCGAUUGAUUUUGCUAAACUUUAUCUGCGUCCGGAAAUGGCAAAGUUCACAGGGUUUGACUCUACAUGUGAUGCCUCUGCUUCUCUUGGAAUCCUUGAAAGGAGCAGUGCGUUUUCUACAGCGGUUCAAGAAAGUGCCAGAGAUGUGCGAAGCACUGUCCGUAACGAAUGGGGGCACUGCAAUUUUAAAAACUGGGAGAAAAUAAAGUUUAACGACUGCAUACAGAAGAUAGACACGCUUAUUCGAAAAUUGGGCUUAAGUCUGGCAGAUGAAACAAAACUAGUGGUUGAUCUUAAAGACUGGGAAAAUAGAGGAGUGCAGCUGUGUAUGGGUAGCGUAGUCGAUGCCGAUCUGCUAAAUCUAAUCAGCGUGGAGGUUGCUAACUUACGAGCUGAAGUUCAGACGGCGAAGGAGAGUAAUGAGGAAGAGUUUGAAAAGGUAUCAAACGAGCUUUGCAGGAUGAGCGGGCUACUCGUCGAAUGCAGAGAACAAGUUUCUCAAAACACGGCAAAGCUUGAGGAACUCUCGUCUUCGGUUGGUGACCUGAAUUCAACCAUGGAAUCGCUUCAUUUAGGAGAAGAAAAUCUGACCCGCAAGAUGGCUGAUGUGACAGAGAGCCUAAAUAAGCUUACACAAAGGGUCGAGGUCGUUGAAGGCGAACAGGAGAAGAUUAAAGAGCAAGUUGGGACACCUGAGGCGAAGAUCGCGGCAAGAGGUUAUAGGAAACCUAGGACUUUAAAGGAUACGUUGGUGCACUCCUCUCCUAAAGAGGAUAGUACUCAGGUUAGAGGUUGUAGUAAGUGUGGCAGUAAAAGGUGUAUGGUGUGUAACUUUCUUAAGACAGGGCGGGAGUUUCACAGUACAGUUACUAAUGAGGAAUAUGUCAUUAAUCUUGACUUGGACUGUAACUCAGAUUUUGUUGUAUAUCUAAUUACUUGCUCUAUGUGUAGCAAACAAUACAUAGGGUCUACUAUCAAUAGUUUUAGGACGCGUUUUAAUAAUCAUAAAAGUAGGUUAAAA